UGGCGUCUGACGGUCACGGCCACGGACGGGCAGUACACGGCCUCCACUGACGUACUCGUCAACCUCAAAGACGUCAACGACAACGCACCCGUCUUCCCGCAUGACGUCAUCGACGCACACGUCUUGGAAAACUCGAUGUCAGGAACGACCGUGGCGGUAGUGACUGCGCACGACGCAGACGACCCGCAUGAAGGCGACAACGCCCGCCUGUCGUAUUCGCUGCUGAAGAACGUCAUUGAUGAACGCUCCCGCCUGCCUAUGUUCACAGUUGACAGGCAGACGGGGGCUCUGCGUACGGCCGUCUGCUGUCUAGACAGGGAGCACACGUCAUCUUACGGGCUUGUGCUUGCUGCUACUGACGGAGGAGGUCUUCAAGGUACUUGCACCGUUACCGUAAACAUCGACGACGUCAACGACGUUCCUCCUUCCUUCGUGCGAUCGCACGUCGAUGUCUUGGUCCCCGAACAUCGUCAACCAUCUUUCCAGCGUUCUUCGUCCCAUGGAGCAUCGUCAUCCAUUGGUGUAUCGUCUUCACAAGACGUUUCUUCGACCGACGGAGUUCCUUCGUCUAUCGAAGUCACGUUGCCCAAGGAAGCACUAUCAUCCAGCGCAGUGUUGUCUUCCAACAGAGAAUUUCCCUCCCGCGGCCUUCCAUCGUCCAAAUCUCGCAGCAACGCCUCUGAAAAUUUCAUCUCGACUCUCGUGGUGACGGAUCCUGAUACAAGCAACGUGUUCGCAUACCGGGUGGUACCAGGGAGCGGUCACGGCUGGCAGCUGGUGGAAGUGGCAGCAAGCACAGCUGGUGCUGACCUGUUCUCUAGAGUGCCGCUGGAUUUUGAGAACCCACAGCACAGAGCGGGACUCAACUUUAGAGUGCAGGUCACCGAUCAGGGCGACAUGCCGUGGAGCUCGCACCCCCGCGUGUCGGAAUGCUCUGUCACGGUCACCGUCCAGGACCUGAACGACAACCGUCCAGCGUUCAGCACCGCGUCAGUUGAGCAGAGCGUGGCGCUGCCUGAGGACCUGCCGUUGCUCUCCUUCGUCGCCUCCUUCAGCGCGUCUGACCUCGACACCGGGGCGAGCGGGCUGGUGACGUACGGCAUAUCCGCGGAGAGCGACCCAGGGGGCGUGUUUAGGGUGAGCGACGGAGGGAGCGUCACCCUGAACAGGGGACUGGACAGGGAGAGCCGCCCCCUACACCUGCUCAGUGUGCUUGCCUGGGACAGCGGCAGCCCUCCACUCACGGCCACCGCCACCCUCACGGUAACGACGAUUCGCUGGUCACGGUAA